CCCAUUCGUACUCCAUAGUUCGUUCGAAUCAACUUUCGGAGAUAUUCGAAAAAAGAGAGCAACACUGUUUGCCAAAUGUCAAACGCAAAGCAAAAUAAAGAAAGAAACUAAAAUCAAAAUAAAGAAGAUGAAAUUGCCAACAUUGCGAUUGUGAAGAUUGUGCAUUUAAGAACUCAAUUGUUGUGUUAAAUUUAUUUAAUAUUAGUGAAAGUCCUUGAUAAAAAAAAUACCAAAUGGAUUCAGUGGCGAUAUGGCUGGAAGCAGAUGAAGACCAAGUGGCGGAACGAGUGCAAUUGAGAGCGCUUAGGGAUAAGGCCAACAUAUUCACUCUCAAUGAUAAAUGUUUUACGCAAAAUUUACGCCUAAACAAGCAAGCGUUUCGGUACGUGCUAAAUGCCAUUACGCCGGAGUUAAGCACUCCUCGAAAAUCGACAGCAAUUCCCCCAAUUAUUAAGCUGGCCGCCGCACUGAAAUCAUUGGGGCAAGGAGGAUACCAACACCAAAUUGGUCAAGACCAACACGUAGGCCUUUCUCAGCAAUCAAUGUCACGCUGCCUCAUUGAAGUGUGUAAAGCAGUUGAGAAAAGGCUAUGUCAACGACACAUUAAUUUUGCAAGUACGGACGCAGAGGAAACAGAGGCGAAAUUAUAUUUCUAUGAAAAUUGUGGAAUUCCGGGCGUGUUGUUUGCAAUAGAUGGCACACAUGUACAAAUGACAAGACCAACAAGGAAUGAGCAUUUGUACUAUAACAGAAAACUGAAGCACAGUAUGAAUGCAAUGGUUAUGUGUGACCACAAGAUGAGAAUUAGAGCUGUUGACGCGCGAUACGGUGGUGGAUGCCAUGAUUCCCAUGUAUGGAACCUGUCCAGCGAAAGAAGGGCUUUACAAUCUCGUUUUGACAAUGGCGAGAGAGGGAUACGGAUUCUUGGUGACUCAGGAUAUCCGCUGGAACCAUGGAUGUUAACUCCUUAUCGAAACGCAGCCGAAAAUUCAGCGGAAUGCCGGUUCAAUAAUUGCCAUGCCAAAGGGCGUUCGAUCAUUGAACGAGUAUUUGGAAUGCUGAAAGGAAGGUUUCGAUGUCUUUUGGCCGCACGGGAACUGCAUUAUGCUCCCCAAAAGGUUUCAGCAAUAAUGAACGUUUGCUGCGUUUUGCACAAUAUUUGUUUGCAAUUUAAGGCUGAUUUGCAAUCUUCAGAAGUAUUUCCCUCAGAAGAUAAACAUUUAUUGGAUACUGAGAACAUUGAGGAAGCGGAAACUAAUGCGGCAAAUAUUUCUAGAAAUCUAAGAGACGAAAUAAGAAAUAGUUUAGUUUCAUGAUAAUAAAAAAACUUUAUUCUGUAGUUUAAAAAAAAAAAUAGUUAGUAUGAAAAACAAUUCACAGCCUUUUCGUAGCUUAAAUGGUGAUUAAAAAAUCAGAAUAUACACCGUAU